UGAGGAGGAGGUGGGGUGUAGGACGAUAAAUAGCAGAUGUUGCCUCAGUGUUUGUGUUGGUGGCUGGGACGGCGGCCUCUCCCGCAACCAUGUCCGGGGCCAUCGAAAUUCCUCUACGGGACAGCGAUGAGGUCAUCGAGUUGGACUUGACUCAACUCCCUGAGGGCGAUGAAGUGCUAGGAAUUCUCACCAAUGAGAAAGUGCCACUCAAUUAUUGGGUGGAGCUUGCUAUUGAAUAUUAUAAGCAAAAAAAUGAAGAUGCCUUUGUACGCAUUUUGGAAGCGAGCCGAACUGAUGCCAACAGCAUAUAUCGGGAUUCAGAAAAAGACCAGAUGCGUUCCUUUGAUACUCUGGCAGCUUACUAUGUUCAGAAAGCUAACAAAGAAAAGGACAAGACUGCCAAGAAAGAUCUGUUCCAAAAAGCUACCUAUCUUUAUACAACUGCUGAUAAAAUCAUCAUGUAUGACCAGAACCAUCUACUGGGCCGAGCUUAUUUCUGUUUGUUGGAGGGAGAUAAGAUGGAGCAAGCUGAUGCACAAUUUAACUUUGUGCUCAAUCAGUCGGCUAAUAACAUUCCAUCUUUACUUGGAAAAGCCUGCAUUGCAUUUAACAAAAAGGAUUAUCGAGGUGCAUUAGCCUUUUACAAAAAAGCCCUGAGAACAAACCCUAACUGUCCAGCUGCAGUUCGUUUGGGAAUGGGCCACUGUUUUAUGAAGCUUGGGAACCAGGAUAAGGCUCGUUUAGCAUUUGAACGGGCCUUAGAGUUGGAUGGAAUGUGUGUUGGAGCCCUUGUAGGAUUAGCAGUGUUGGAACUCAAUGAGAAGAAACCAGAGAAUAUUCGUCGGGGAGUUCAGAUGCUGUCUAAGGCAUACAAUAUUGAUUCCACCAAUCCUAUGGUGUUAAAUCAUUUGGGUAAUCACUUCUUCUUCAAACAGGAUUUCCAAAAAGUGCAGCAUCUUGGGCUCCAUGCUUUUCAUAAUACUGAAAAUGAAUCGAUGCGUGCCGAGUCCUGCUAUCAAAUGGCUCGAGCAUUCCAUGUGCAAGAAGAUUACUCCCAGGCAUUCCAGUAUUAUUAUCAGGCUACCCAGUAUGCUGCUCCAAACUUUGUCCUUCCUCACUAUGGUCUUGGUCAGAUGUAUAUCAACAGAGGUGACACAGAGAAUGCAGCACAGUGCUUUGAAAAAGUAUUGAAGGCGCAGCCAGGUAAUUAUGAGACCAUGAAGAUUCUGGGCUCGUUAUAUGCCAGUUCCACUUCUCAGAGUAAACGAGACCUAGCCAAACAGCAUCUUAAAAAGGUGACAGAACAGUACAGUGAAGAUGUGGAAGCCUGGAUUGAACUGGCACAAAUCUUGGAGGGCAGUGACCUUCAGGGUUCCUUAUCUGCAUAUCACAAAGCUACUAAACUUCUGCAGGAUCUUGUACAAAUGGACAUCCCUCCUGAGAUCCUUAACAACAUAGCAGCAUUACAUUUUAGACUGAACAAUUUUGAAGAAGCUCACAAGCACUUCAAGGAGGCCUGGGAUCGUUGUGAAGCUGAGAAGGACCAAGACCCCCAGUAUUACUCCUCCAUUUCUGUUACUAUCAAGUAUAACUCUGCUCGUCUGCACGAGAUGUUCUGUCAUUAUGAUAAGGCAGAAAAACUCUAUAAAGAAAUUCUUCAGGACCAUCCCAAUUAUGUUGAUUGUUACCUCCGUCUUGGCUGUAUGGCAAGAGAUCGGGGCCAAAUUUAUGAUGCCUCCGAUUGGUACAAGGAAGCGCUGCGUAUGAACAAUGAGCAUCCUGAUGCAUGGUCUCUGAUGGGUAACCUUCAUCUGGCCAAGAAUGAAUGGGGACCUGGACAGAAGAAAUUUGAAAGAAUUUUGAAGAAUCCCAGCACCACAAAUGAUUCGUAUUCUCUGAUCGCCCUGGGCAAUGUGUGGUUAACAACGCUACACCAGCCCAACCGGGACAAAGAGAAGGAACGCAAGCAUCAAGAUCGUGCUCUUGCCAUGUACAAGACGGUCCUUAGAGCUGAUCCAAGGAGUAUAUGGGCUGCCAAUGGCAUUGGUGCUGUGUUGGCUCACAAGGGGUAUAUUAAUGAGGCAAGAGACAUCUUUGCCCAGGUGAGAGAGGCAACAGCAGAUUUCAGCGAUGUGUGGAUGAACAUUGCACACAUAUAUGUUGAACAGAAGCAGUUUAUUAAUGCUAUUCAAAUGUAUGAGAACUGUCAAAAGAAAUUCUUCAAAUACCCAAAUGUGGAAGUUCUUGGGUAUCUUGCACGAGCAUACUUCAAAGCUUCUAAGCUGAAGGAAGCCAAAUACACUCUACUAAAGGCUCGCCAUGUUGCCCCUCAUGAUACUGUGAUCCUGUACAACUUGGCAUUAGUGCUGCAGCGGUUGGCUAUGCAAAUACUCAGAGAUGAAAAAUCUGUUUUGAAGACUGUGUUGGCUGCUGUGCAUGAGCUGACCUUGGCACAAAAAUAUUUCCAACACUUAAGUGUUAAUGGAGAUCGUUUGAAAUAUGACUUGGGAGCGGCAGCUGCAGAGGCAAGUCAGUGCCGUGAUCUGCUGUCUCAGGCUCAGUACCAUGUGUCUCGUGCUCGCAGACAAGAUGAUGAAGAGAGGGCUCUUCGACGCAAGCAAGAUGAAGAGAGACAAGCGCUGAAACAGAAGGUUGUGGAAGAGAGACAGAAGAUAGAGGAGGAGAGGCGACAGUUGAUAGAGGACAGGAUGAAAGCACGUGAGCAGUAUAAGGAGAAGAUGAAGAAUGCUGUCAUUAUCAACGAACCGGCUGAAACCCAACGUAAAGGAGGGCGCGGACGCAAGCGAGAUAUAGAAAUAUUGUCAGAUGGGUCUGGUGCAGGAAGCGGAGGUGAAGGUGAACCUAGGAAUAAGAAGGCUAGAGGACGUAAAAGGAAGGAAACAGGAAAGAAGAGAGGCAGGAAGGGAAAAGGCAGCGACGACGAGGAUGAUGAUCAACCUCGUGGCCGUAAACGCGGCAAAGGAGGCAGACAGAGACUCAAAAAGGAUUCCUCUGAUGGUCUCUCGGCAAAGCAAAAAGGCCGUAUUGUUUCCAAAGCAACUAUUUCGGAUUCAUCAGAUGACUCUGAUAAUGAGCGGCUCAAAAUUGCCAGUGGAUCUGAUAGUGACAGAGGCAAAAGUAAACGUCGUCGAGUCAUGUCUGAAUCCGGUUCUGAUCGUUCACGGUCAAAAUCAAGAUCACGUUCUCGUUCCGCAUCAGGUUCAAGGUCACGUUCUAGGUCAGGUUCAAGGUCACGUUCUGGCUCAGGUUCAAGGUCUCGAAGUCGCAGUCGCUCUAAGAAGAGGCGUUCAGUAUCCCGAUCCAGGUCACGCAGUGGCUCCCGCUCUGCUAGCCGUUCACCUGCCAGGUCACGGUCUAGAUCAAGGUCAGGGUCAAGAUCCAAGUCUAGGUCAAGAUCCAAGUCUAGGUCAAGAUCCAAGUCAGGGUCAAGAUCCAAGUCUAGGUCAAGAUCCAAGUCAGGGUCAAGAUCCAAGUCUAGAUCAAGAUCUAAGUCUAGGUCAAGAUCCAAGUCAGGGUCAAGAUCCAAGUCAAGAUCAAGAUCCAAGUCAGGGUCAAGAUCCAAAUCAAGAUCAAGAUCGAAGUCAGGGUCAAGAUCAAGGUCCAGAUCAAGGUCCAAGUCAGGGUCAAGAUCAAAAUCACGUUCUCGGUCAGGAUCUCCUGCGAGAUCAAGAUCACGCUCGGGCUCGCCUCAAUCUCACUCGGGAUCCCCUCGAUCUGGAUCUCAUCGAUCAGUCUCGCCGCGAUCUGGAUCUGGAUCGCCACAAUCCAGAUCGGGCUCACGAUCCCCAGCUAAAUCUCACUCGGGAUCUGAGGUUGGUGGAGAUGGGAGUGAUAGUGAAUGAGUAUAUUUUAAUGUUCUUUGCCAAUAGUUGUAUUCAUUUUAGAAUGAUUUCAUUUUGAUUUCUUAAAUGUUGUGGUAUACACAUUUUGUUUGUGAACAAUACAGGAUAUGAUAUUUUGUAUUAUCAGUGUGCAUAUUAUUUCUUUAAUAUAUUGCCAAUAAAGUGGCAACUGUAUCUAAUUUAAAAUAUAUUAUCCAUAAAAUCUAAUAUCAUAUUUGUGAAAAGUUUGUGUUCUUCUAUAUUCACCUAAUGUUGAGUAUGUGAUGUAAAGUUUAUCAUGUACAGUAUUGAGAAGGUAGGCAGUCAUACAGUGGAAAUUCAUUACAGUAAUUCACAAGUUAGAGCAGCAUUUUUGCCUGUGUUGUAUUUGAAUGUACUUGGCAAUGUACUAGUUUGAUAAGCUGGAAAAUUUAUGUGGAUGGUCACAAAAUGAACUGCUAGAAUUUAGUUGUUUUAAUAUGCCACUUAAAAACAUUUCUUUUUUUAAUGCAUUUCUAUUUAAAGAGUAUUCUUCAUUUGAACAAAUCCACAAGGAGCCGUGAUGAAGGUUAGAACCAACGUCCGAGAGAAUCCCAGACACGCCUUAGCCGACUGUGCCACAACACGGCUCAUCACGGCCCUUGUGGCUUUGUUCAUUUGAUGCAUCACGCUAUUGUGAUUUCUGUGUGUAAAGUAUUAUUCAUUCACUGAUUUAUGACCCAGUUAGUUAAGAGAUCAAACAUUGUUCCAUUUAAAGUUAAUCAUGAGAAUAUCAUAUUGGUCACCAUCUCUUGUUAUUUGGACAAUCAUUUUCUCACAAUGGCAAAUAAUAGUUGGACAAAAUUGUGAAUUAUGGUCAUGCCCUUUACAAGCAUAUUUACUUAAAUUAUUUUCCUUCCAUGGAUUCGGUCAUCUCUUUUCAAAGCUUGUUUAAUGUCUUUAGGAUGGCCUAUUCUAAUAUUUUUAAUGCUGUAUUCAUUUUCCAUAAAUAUACAUAAUUUUUUUUG